AUGAAGAUUUUCAUCCUUUCUUGCCUAACCCUCUCUGCCAUUUUGGCUCAACAAACUUCCGCUCCAGGUGGAAAUCUGUGCCUUUACACUCCAGUCGGCGAUGAGUCCAAUCAGAAAGCAGUGCCGAUUCAAGACUUCAGAACGUCUGGUUUGGACUUUGUCAGACCAAACUGGUGUGUCACCCAUUGUGCUGAUCGUAAAUCGGUAAAAGUUGCCGCUCGUUUCCAAUUCGCAAACACCUCUCCAGAAGUCCCAACCUACAAAGUUCGUCGCACCUACACCCGCCAGUCGGGAGUGAAGGUCACCGCCGAGUUAACUAGUGGAGUCCCAACCAAGCGCGAUGAUGAUCCAGACAACUUCUGUAUGGAUGACAACGUGUCUGCACAAAUCGAUGCUAUAGUUGGAAACUUCACUGACAUUGAAACCAUGUCCGAGGCUCUAAACUACUACAUCAACAAGCCAGGAUGGGCAUACAUUAUCUAUGAUAUGGGAGUCCCACCAAGCAUCAUUGAAACCGACAAUGUUAAGCACGAUAUGAACUACUGUUCCAAGUUCGCCCAAAAGCAACUACCUGACGGAACUUGGGGCUUGUAUCAAGUAUUCGCAGGACUCAUCAAAUCUGGCAACUAA